CGGAGCCAAUCGCUCCCUGCACCGUGCAGCCAAUGGAUGCCGGGCUCUUCCAGCCCCUGCCAGCGGCUCCGCGGCUGGAGGGCCUUGGAGCAGCUGUGCCAGCGGCGUUCCUGCCCGCAGCCCUCUCCGGGGUGCCUGGCAUCCCUCCUCCUCCUCCUCCUCCUCCUCCCGGGAAUAACGCUGCCGCUGGGAGCGCUCGGGGUGACGCGGCCGCUGCGGGGAGCGCGCCGGGGAUCGGGGUGAUUUGGGCGAUUAAUUUGGGUCUCCCUUCAGCACUGCCACGGCCUCCUACCCAGCAGAGCUGCUCCCCAGAGCCAGAGGGAUGGUGGUAGUCACGGGGCAGAACAAAGUCAGUGCCACCCCGGAUGAUGCCAUGUCGAGCUCGGAUGCAGAGGAUGAUUUCCAAGAGCCGGCCACUCCCACCGCCACCCAGGCAGCGCAAGCGCUGCCUCUGCUGCCUCAGCAGUUCCCAGAAGUUGUCCCACUGAACGUGGGGGGGAUGUUUUUCACCACCAGACUGUCCACGCUGCGCAGGUACGAGGACACCAUGCUGGCAGCCAUGUUCAGUGGCAGGCACUACAUCCCCACGGACGCCGAGGGCAGGUACUUCAUCGACCGGGAUGGCACCUACUUCGGAGACAUACUAAACUUCCUACGAUCUGGUGACCUGCCCCCCCGAGAGCGAGUGAGGUCAGUGUACAAGGAAGCUCAGUAUUAUUCCAUAGGACCCUUGCUAGACAAUCUAGAGGAUAUCCAGCCUCUUAAAGGAGAAAAAGUUAGACAAGCUUUCCUGGGCCUAAUGCCAUAUUACAAAGACCACUUGGAGCGGAUCAUCGAGAUAGCCAAGCUGCGGGCCAUGCAGAGGAAGGCCAGGUUUGCCAAGCUCAAGGUGUGCGUGUUCAAGGAGGAGAUGCCCAUCACUCCCUACGAGUGCCCGCACUUCAACUCGCUGCGCUUCGAGCGCAGCGAGAGCGAGGCCAAGCUCUUCGAGCACCACUGCGAGGUGGACGUGUCCUUCGGGCCCUGGGAGGCCGUGGCCGACGUCUACGACCUCCUGCACUGCAUCGUCACCGACCUGUCGGCCCGCGGCAUCACCGUGGACCACCAGUGCAUCGGCGUCUGCGACAAGCACCUCAUCAACCACUACUACUGCAAGCGGCCCAUCUACGAGUUCAAGAUCACCUGGUGGUGAGGCUGGCCUGAGAAAAGCGUCAAAGGAUCCCAGAGGACAAACGUGCUAUCAAGGUCGCCCGGUGGGGAGUUGUGGCUGAGCUAAGGGAUGAAGGGACUUCUAGAGGACAUGUGUUCUUUCAAGCUCGCCUUGUGGUGGCACAUCGAGGGGUGAGAGGACUUCUAGAGGACAGAUGUUCUUUCAGUGUCACCUGGUGGUGAGUUGUGGCUGAGCAAAGUGAUGAAAUGACUCCCAGAGGACAAAUGUUCUUUCAAGAUAACCUGGUGGUGAGUUAGGGCUGAGCUACGGGAUGAAAGGACUUCUAGAGGACAAAUGUUCUUUCAAUGUCACAUGGUGGUGAGUUCUGGCUGAGCAAAGUGAUGAACGGAGUUCUAGAGGACAAAUGUUCUUUCAAUGUCACAUGGUGGUGAGUUCUGGCUGAGCAAAGUGAUGAACGGACUUCUAGAGGACAAAUGUUCUUUCAAGAUCGCCUUGUGGUGGCACAUCAAGGGGUUAGAGGACUUCUAGAGGACAAAUGUUCUUUCAAGAUCUCUCAAGAACUCACCUGGUGAUGAGUUGUGGCUCAGCAAAGUGAUGAAAGGACUUCCAGAGGACAAAUGUUCUUUCAGGAUCUCACCUGGUGGUGAGUGUGGUGGCACUAAAAGGACACUUCUUGGCAGUUGCCUUGCUGCUCACAUUCCUUGGGAUCAGCCUGCUGGCAGGGGUUGGGAAAACCUCUGGAAACUUGAAAAGCAGCCUGAAAUCAGACUGUUGGCUCAGGUACCUUAACGAGGCACAAAACAAAAUCACCUCAUGCAAAGGAUGGAGGGGAGUGGCUGAACAUCUGCUAAAAGGUGCCACCAACCACGUGGCUCCAGGAUGGAAUUGCAGAUUUUUCCUGCAUUUUUGGGAAUCUGGGGUGCUACUAAAGCUGACGUUUCAGUUUUACCCUCUUAGAAAUAUUUUAGUUCCUCUUUCAGCUUUAUAAAGUUUGAGUCACACCCAGCACAAAGAUUCUGGAAAUGUCAUUUUGAUGUACUAGGUACUUUAAAAAAAAAAAGAAUAUUCCUUAUAUAUUAUUAAUUGUUGUCAGGGUUAAGCUGUAUUUCUUUUUUAAUUAAGAAUCAACCUUGUGAAUUAUAAUGUUGUACUUCAAUUAUUUCUGUUGUUAUCAAAAGGAAUAGAUCUGGAAUAUAUUCCUUAAUGCUUUUAGGAAUAAUAACUGUUCAUGGAAGACUUGUGCCUGUUUUUAGCCUUAGAAAUUUUAAAUGUUUACAAUAUCUACAAAAGAAAAAAGCUCUUUAGAAUCAGGUCAUUUACAAAGGCUUUUGGUAAAUAAGAAAAUCCUGUCUGUAUGUUCCUAUUAACAGGAGUAAGAGAAUAUUUAGUGUAUAUUAUUUUAUUACUGACUCUUUUUACAUUCUGUGAUAUUAAACUUUAUUUUAGACUUAAAGUCAGAUGAUAUUAGACAAGGUUUUUUUUUGCUAAUGCAUAUUUUUCUGUGCUCCCUUAGCUUUUUUUGCCACUUUAUCAUCUACAAAGCCAUUUUUCCAUUCUCACACUCCCAAAUCCCUGUGUUUGUGAGCAAUAAAUGGUCUCCUGUCAAUUUGAAUAUUGGAGGAAUGGUGGGGCAGUUGAGGGAUGUGUAUUUAAAAUUAGAAUUGUUAAAUAUUUUUUACAUUGCUGUGUGUGAACAAAAAACAUGACAAUACCAAUGUUUUUAACAUUCCCUUUAUAUCCAUCGUGGAGUGGUUGUUAACAGGGAUCAAAGGGAGCUCUCAUAUGGAGUGAGCUGGCCAAUUCCACAGCACAUGAAAUGUUUCUGCAUCUGUUUUAUGCUUGUGAAAUAGGAAGGGGAAAAAAAGGAAAUAAUAAUAGGAAAAUAAAAAAAUAAUAACCAUUUUGAAGCACUGAAAAAUGACAUGAAAAGGUGUUUAUGUACAGCAGCCACUUAAUGGCUGCUGAGCUUAAGUAUUUAAAAAAAUAUCUAAAAAUAAUUUUGGACUUGGUGUAGACUUUUAACUUGAAUACUCAAUAUUCUGCACAGGAAUCUGAAAUAUUCCUUGCUGACCUUCCAUCCUCCUCAGAGGAAAGUGAAGGUGCUGCCAGCUUUGGUCUGGGAAGCCUUUGUGCCAUACAGAUCCUCUGUGGUCCUUGUGGGGCAUGGGCUGGAUUUUUAAUUUGUAUUUUAACCUAUAAUGAUGGAUCAGUUUGGUUGUUUUCUUUUUCCCUAAAAAAGCUAAUUAUUUCAUUAUAAUUAAAGGUUUUGUAGCUUCAUUUGGCAUUUGCAAGCCCUCAUUGCCAGGUUUAUCCUCACUGCUCAUUGUUGGGACAUGAUGAGGGGGAUGAUGGAAGUGGCAGCAGGGAAAAAAUUCCUGUCACAGCCGCUUGCUCCCAUUGCAGAGCUGUUCUUGGUGUGUGGUUUCAGCUCUUGUGCUGCCCAUUUCUGUGAGCCCUCCACUGUGUAAAGCCAUCGAGUCGUGGUUCUGGGAGAUCCAAGGGUGAGAAAAGCCAGUGGCUGUGGAUUGCAGCAGGGACAGGAGAGUCUUGCAGGGUCACACUGCUUGAAUCUCAUUUAUAGCACCUCGAUGGAUCUUUCUUUUCUGCCUGGAAAAGCAGGGUGGUCACUUGGGACACAACUGCCUGGCAGGUAAGGGCAGAUUUCAGAGCAGACACUGCAACAAAAUGAUCCCUUAACUCAUUCUAAACUCUGGGAUACUCUUUCACUUCUUUUACUUCUUUCAUUUUUUUCACUUCUUUUAAUGACUGCUUUAUCCUGGACAACUUAUAGACCCCACUGGCUUUAAGUUGUGGUUGGCGUUACUGAGCCCUGAAGGUGUUUUUAGGUUUUUACACACGGCGCAGAGGACCCAAGAUGGUUGUUAAUUUUGGGCUAUGACAAAAAAAAACCCAACAACCUCCAGUCUUUCAUUAUCUUUCUGCAAAUAAGCUGAUUUCAAAGGAUAAUUCCGUUCUGUUAUUAUCUCCUGUAUAUAAUUCUCUAACUGGAAAUCACUUUCCAGAACAGCAGUUCAUAGUCAUUUUACUUACACAAGCUUAAUAUAAGUUUACCUCCACUUUCACUGUGACUUUUAUAAGUGGAUUUUGUUUUGCUGAAUUAUAAAUUGUAUGUGUCUAUGCAUUGUAACCCGUAAUGCCUUUGAAAAUCCAGCCUGGAUGCUAACGAUCAGGGUUUGGAAUUAUCUCCAAAUGUGUUUUGUUAAUAAUUAUGUUGAUGCGUGGUGUUCAAUACUGUGAGUACUGCAGUGUAUUAUUUCUUAAUAUUUUUGACUUUUCAGUUCGGGUAAUAUAUAGUCUGUAUGGUUUUUAUUUAAAACACAUAGAAGAAAAUGCAGAUAUAAAGGCUCUGUUGUGCAAUAAAAGAUUAUGAUAGUGAAAA